AAAAGCCAACAAUAACAGCAAGAGGAAGAAGAAGCAGCAGCAGAAGCAGUGGAAAAUGACGGACUAUGUGGAGCUGUUAAACAGCAUGUCGAGCAGAUUUAACAGCGAUUGCGCCACCAGCACCGCCGAGGGCGGCACUCUGCUCAAUAUGGAUCUGGCCGAGGAUAAAACUGUCAAGUGGCGCAAUUUGGCCAACAAUCAGUUCGCCUGCAAGGAUAAGGAUAAGAAGCAAUGCACCCACGAAACGCAACAGAAGCAACAGGAGGAGCAGCAGCAGAUUCUCGUAGCUGCUGGUGGCGUCAAAUGCGAAACGGAAGCUGCAACGGUUUCCGAGCAGAAGCUGCUGCCUCAAGGCCAAAGUCAAAGUCGGGACAACAACAACAGCAACAACAACAACAGCAGCGAUGCUGAUGGCGAUGCAGAAAAAAGACAAAUAGCGGGAGCAGAAAAAACACAAGCAGCGACGUCGAGCACUGCUGCUGCGAUAGUAGCCGACAAUGGAAACGACGAUGACGUUGACGUUUCCGAGAGCGCAGUGGAAGCAGUAGCAGAAGAUGCAGCGGCAACAAAAGCAACUGUAGAUGAAGAGAGAGGAGAUGCUGAAAGAGCAGCAGCAGCAACAUCAGCAGUCAAGUUGGAGCAGGAAGCAUGCAAAACUGCAGAAAUAGCAGUUGGCGACGAGCUGGCAACGCCGUCGUCUGUGCAAAUUUUAAUAGCAGCUGCGACAGGUGCAGCACCAGUAACAGCAACAGCAGCAACAACAACAACAACAGCGGAAGGCAUUAAGGCUGAAAGAGUGAUGGAAACGGCAAACGCAACACCCAAAGAGGAGCUGGACGAGGAGCAGCAGUCGCAGCCGCUGCCGCAGGAGCUAAUGCCGACUGCGCAGCGCGAGCAAAAGGCAAGCACAGAAGCGGCGACAGAGGCAGCGGCAGUGACAGCGACAGAGGCAGCGACAGAGACAGCGACACAAGAAGCCGAGGUCACAUCGGUUUCAGUAGCAGCAUCGGCAUCGGCAUCGGGAACGGCAUCCCCAGCAGCGCCAGUCGCUCCACUUGUUGUCAACUCUGCUGGUAAUAGCAGCGACGCUGACGCUGACGCAACAGAUUCGACAUCGAUGAAUGCUCCGGCAAGCAGCGAUGAUGUCGCAGCGCCAAUAGCAGCAAAAGCAACAACAACAACAACAGUCACAGCAGCAGCAGCACCAGCACAAGUGAAUGCUGAUAAAAACGAACAGAAUGGUGCCGGCAGCACGCGUCGCUUGCGUCGCACACCCCGCCCCACAGACACGCCCACAUUCUGCAUGCCGGACGAGCUGACGCUGCAGGAACAGGAGCAAGAGCAGGAGGCGGUGGCGGCAGCGGAUGCGGAAGCGGAAGCCAGCGAGGAGCAACAAAAAAUACCAAUGGAGAACAAUGGCGAAACGGCGAUCGAUGUGAAAAAGGAGCCAGAAAAAUCACCGGGCGACAUUGAACUGACCUCAAAUGCGCUGCCAGCACCAAAACGCGGACGCGGACGUGCCAAAAAGAUCAAACCCGAUGCAAUGGAUGCUGCAACUGUGGAAGCAACAGUUGCCGAUGGAGGACAGGAGGAGAUGAUGACGACAACGACAACGUCGCCACAACCAGCACCAGUCGAGCGCAAAGUGGGCCGCAAGCGCAAACUGGUCGAGGAGGAGCUGCAGCAGCAAUUGAUAACAACGGAUUUGAGUGCUGCAACUGUCGUUGUCAAAACCGAGCAGGAUGUGGAAGAUGCUGCCACAACCACUGUGGCUGCUGCAGCGCCAAGCGGACCAGAUGCUGCCAAGCGAAUGCGACGCAGUGUGCGUCUGGGCAAUCGCCUGGACAACGUGCACCACGCUCUCGACGAGAUCAAAACGGAGCCACUGCUUCUCGCAAGUGAGCAGGCGUCAACAGCUGAUCAAUUGGCCGCCGUGGCGGUGGCCGCCGUCAUGCUGGAUGAGAAGACGCCACCGAAGAAGCGCGGCCGCAAGGCCAAAAUAGUGGCGCCGCCAAACCGUGCCACCGAUGCAAGUGGUCAAGCCUUGCCACAUUUGCUGGUGGCAGCAACAAGCAAUAGUGGCAGCUGUCCACUGGCUCUGGCCAAUGGCAAUAAGCGCGCUGCAGCAGCAGCGACGCCAUUGUCAAUGGCAGCAGCCAUGGCAGCAUCAGGAUCAGCAACAGCUUCAGCUGCAACAGCAACAACAUCGAGCAGCGGAGCUGCUGGGGAUCAGUUGCAGUUGCCCAAGCGCUCCAAGCGUCGCAUCAAGCCCACAACCAAAAUACUCGAGAACGAUGAGCUGCGCUGCGAGUUCGAGACGAAGCACAUCGAGCGCAUGACCCACUGGGAGGCCGCCGAGGGCGAUGCCACCCACUACGAGACACCGCUGCAGCCGGGCAGCGGUGGCGGUGGCGGUUCCAAUUCAUCGACAUCCCGGCAAAAGAGCGAGAAAUCGGAUGGAGGCAGCGGUAUGGAGCAGCAGCAGCAGCAACAUCAUCCGGCCGGCACCAGUUCCAUCAAGAAGCGACUGUUCUCCAAGUCACAGCGCGACAUUGACAAUUCGGGGGCAGCGCUGCUGGCGCAGAGUCAGGUGCGUCCCUGUCCCGAUCUGGAGCAAUUCCUGAGCGACAUCAAGUCGGCCAAACUGUUGACCGGCAAUCGUUCGCCGGAGGAGCGUAAAAUGAACAAGAAGCAGCUGCGCAAACUGGCCAAACAAAAGGAGAAGCAUCUCAAGCAUUUGGGCCUGAGGCGCAACAACAGCGAAGAGGCCAGCGGCAACGAUAGCUCCAACACGGACAACGAGGAGUUUGUGCCAGCGACGCCCGUUCAAGUGGGCAAGCCCAGCGUCACGUUGCGUCUCCGCAACGCCAGUAAGGAGGCGAACACCAGUCUCCACCAGCAGUCAGUCGCUGGCAGUCUCAAGCAACAGCUGGCUCUACCACCGCCGCCUCCACCAUCCGCUGCUGCUGCAGCUGCGCCAACCAAAUUGUCGCGCCGCGUUGCUGUGCGCAAUAACAGCGCCGCAGCAGCAGCAGCAGCAGCAGCAGCAGCAGCAUCCACAAUUGCAACGCUGGAGCAUGGACAGCUGCACACGCUGAAUAGCGUCAUUCUGUCCAAUGCCAGAGAUGCCAUAGCCAGCACAUCUUCAGCCGCUGCUGCUGCUGCUGCGGCAGCUGCUGCUGCAACUGCAUCAUCAUCGUCUGUGAAAUUCAUUUGUCUGUGCCAGAAGAGCUCGCAGUAUUAUGCGAGGAAUGCACCGGAUGCAUCCUACUGCUGUGCGAUCGAUAACAUCGAUGAGCAGAAGAUCGGCUGCUGCAACGAGCUGGCUGCCGAUGUGCACAAUCUGUUGCGCCCCAGCCAGCGUGUCGGCUACAUGAUCCUCUGCGAUGAGCACAAGAAGCGACUCCAGGCGCACAACUGUUGCGCCGGUUGCGGCAUCUUUUGCACCCAGGGCAAAUUUGUGCUGUGCAACAGGCAGCACUUCUUUCAUCCGGAUUGCGCUCAACGCUUCAUCCUCAACAGUCCCUAUGAUGCACAACAACAGCAGCAGCAGCAACAUGCUGCUCUUCAUGCUGGCAGCAGCAGCAGCGGCAGCAGCUAUGCCAGUCCACUGCUAGUUCUCAAAUGCCCGCACUGCGGCGUGGAUACACCGGAACGCACCUCAACGGUGACCAUGAAAUGCCAAACGUUGCCUGUCUUUCUGCCCGCCCAGAAGACCAAAAUCAAACCUGCCAGGCUGACUACCUCGUCGCAUUUGACACAAUUUGCCAAUGCCGCCGGCAGCGCGAAACCAACCAGCGGCGGCAGCGGCAGCUCCGCGGCAGCCAAGGCGGCAACUACUGGACGUGGCAAGGCAGCUGUCAAAUCGAAUGGUGGAACACGCCAAGGCGCCAAGGCAGCUGCAACUGCUACUGCUGCAGCUGUUGCUGCUGCUGCUGCAGCUGGGGGUGGUGGUGGUAAUGUCAAUGCCAAUGCUGCUGCUGCUGCUGCUGCUGCUGCUGGACAGUCGCUGAACAUAAUCAACUUUGAGCAACUGAUACCAGAGUCCGUGAUGAAUGUGGUGCUGCGCGAUCGGAUUGUCUCGUCCAGCGGUCGGGUCACAACCGAAUUCAACUCACGCGACAUGUACUACGCCGUGCAGAAUGAUGAUCUGGAGCGUGUCGCCGAGAUACUGGCUGCUGACUAUGAUGUGUUGACGCGGAUGCGUGAAUACCUAAAUGGUACCUGCCUGCAUCUGGUUGCCCAUUCGGGCACCCUGCAAAUGGCCUAUCUGCUGCUCUGCAAGGGCGCCAGCUCCCAGGACUUUGUCAACAUUGUGGACAGUGAAUUGCGUACGGCUCUCAUGUGCGCCGUGAUGAAUGACAAAUGCGAUAUGCUUAAUUUAUUUAUGCAGUGCGGUGCCGAUGUUGCCAUCAAGGGACCCGAUGGCAUGACCAGUCUGCAUAUUGCCGCCAAACUGGGCAACAUCGAUGCGGCUCAACUGAUUGUGGACAGUUUUCGCGCCUCGCGCAACAUUGCCAAUUUUCUGAGCUUCAUUAAUGCCCAGGAUGAGGGCGGCUGGACGUCUAUGGUCUGGGCAGCCGAGCUGGGGCACACGGAUAUUGUGAGCCUGCUACUCAAUCAUGGCGCCGAUCCCAAUAUAUGCGACAAUGACAACAACACGGUGCUGCACUGGUCGACGCUGCACAACGACGGACUGGACACGAUAACGGUGCUUCUGCAGGCGGGCGCCGAUUGCAAUGUGCAGAAUGUUGAAGGCGAUACACCGCUACACAUUGCCUGCCGCCACUCGGUGACGCGCAUGUGCAUCGCAUUGAUUGCGAACGGCGCCGAUCUGAUGAUCAAGAACAGGGCCGAGCAGCUGCCGUUCGAUUGCAUACCGAACGAGGAAUCCGAGUGUGGCCGAACCGUCGGCUUCAACAUGCAGAUGCGCAGCUUCCGGCCAUUGGGUCUGCGCACCCGGGUCGUCUGUGCGGAUGCCUCAAAUGGACGCGAAUCGCGUCCCAUACAGGCGGUGCGCAACGAGCUGACCAUGUCGGAGCAUGAGGAUGAGGCCGAUGCGCUAAUGUGGCCGGACUUCAAGUACAUUACCAAGUGCAUAAUACUGCAGAAUUCGGUGCAGAUCGAUAGUCGGGUGUCGCAGAUGCGCAUCUGCUCGUGCCUGGACAGCUGCAGCAGCGAUCAGUGCCAAUGCAAUGGCGCCUCCUCGCAGAACUGGUAUACGGCAGAGAGUCGACUCAACUGCGAUUUCAACUACGAUGAUCCGGCCGUCAUUUUCGAAUGCAACGAUGUCUGCGGCUGCAAUCAGCUGUCGUGCAAGAAUCGGGUGGUGCAGAAUGGCACACGGACACCGCUGCAGAUUGUCGAGUGCGAGGAGGCAGCCAAAGGCUGGGGCGUACGUGCGCUGGCCAAUGUGCCCAAAGGCACUUUUGUGGCAAGCUAUACGGGCGAAAUACUCACCGAACCGGAGGCACAUCGACGCACCGAUGACAGCUACUACUUUGAUUUGGACAAUGGGCACUGCAUCGAUGCCAAUUAUUAUGGCAAUAUCAGUCGCUUCUUCAAUCACUCGUGCGAUCCCAAUAUUCUGCCCGUGCGCGUCUUCUAUGAGCAUCAGGAUUAUCGCUUUCCAAAAAUCGCCUUCUUCGCCUGUCGUGACAUCGAUGCGGGCGAGGAGAUCUGCUAUGAUUAUGGCGAAAAGUUUUGGCGCUCCGAACAACGUUCCAGCGGCGGUGGUUGCAAGUGCCUCACGGCUGCCUGUAAAUAUGCCCAGCAGUCGCCCAGCUCGAAUGCAUCGCCAACGGCAACAGUCGAGGAGGAGCCGGAGGAGGAGGCGGAGGCGGUUGUGCUUGCAGCGUCGCAAUAGAUCAAUGAUCCAUAACCACCCCUUCGAGGCGAGCACACAAUAGAGAGACAGCGACAGCGAUAGCGACGGAGACAGAGACAGAGACAGCAAACGACAAUGACUCUCUUGGCCAGGUCAAGCUGCCAAGCUGCCAAGCAUCACAGACAAAAAGAGCGCCAUAUUAUACAA